AUGGACAGCAGGGCCGGCGGCCGGCGGUGCCCCGAGGCGGCCCUCCUGAUUCUAGAGCCUGCCAGGAUGGGGCCCCUGAGGCCUAGCCCAGGCCCUGGGCGGCAACAGUUGCUGCUGCCUCCCUUGUUACUGACACUGCUGCUUCUGCUGGCCGCAUCCCCAGGCCAUGCCACUCGGGUGGUGUACAAGGUGCUGGAGGAACAGCCACCCAACACCCUCAUUGGGAGCCUCGCAGCUGACUACGGUUUUCCAGAUAUGGGCCACCUGUACAAACUAGAGGUAGGCGCCCCGUACCUGCGGGUGGAUGGCAAGACGGGAGACAUCUUCACCACGGAGACCUCUAUCGACCGUGAGGGGCUCCGUGAAUGCCAGAACCAGCUCCCCGGUGAGCCCUGCAUCCUGGAGUUUGAGGUGUCUAUUACAGACCUCGUGCAGAAUGGCAGUCCCCGGCUGUUAGAGGGCCAGAUAGAGGUACAGGACAUCAAUGACAACACGCCCAACUUCGCCUCGCCAGUCAUCACGUUACCCAUCCCUGAGAACACCAACAUCGGCUCACUCUUCCCCAUCCCGGUGGCUUCUGACCGUGAUGCUGGCCCCAACGGUGUGGCGUCCUAUGAGCUGCAGGCCGGGCCCGAGGCCCAGGAGCUAUUUGGGCUUCAGGUGGCAGAGGACCAGGAGGGGAAGCAGCCACAGCUCAUCGUGAUGGGCAACCUGGACCGGGAGCGCUGGGAUUCCUAUGACCUCACCAUCAAGGUGCAGGAUGGUGGCAGCCCCCCACGUGCCAGCAGUGCCCUGCUUCGAGUCACUGUGCUUGACACCAAUGACAACGCCCCCAAGUUCGAGCGGCCCUCCUAUGAGGCUGAGCUGUCUGAGAACAGCCCCAUAGGCCACUCAGUCAUCCAGGUGAAAGCCAAUGACUCGGACCAAGGUGCCAAUGCGGAGAUUGACUACACCUUCCACCAGGCGCCUGAAGUGGUGAGGCGUCUUCUGCGACUGGACAGGAACACUGGACUUAUUACUGUGCAGGGCCCCGUGGAUCGUGAAGAUGUAAGUACCCUGCGCUUCUCAGUGCUCGCCAAGGACCGAGGCACCAACCCCAAGAGUGCCCGCGCCCAAGUGGUGGUGACUGUGAAGGACAUGAACGACAAUGCCCCCACCAUUGAGAUCCGGGGCAUAGGGUUGGUGACCCAUCAAGACGGGAUGGCGAACAUCUCAGAAGAUGUGGCAGAAGAGACAGCUGUAGCCCUGGUACAGGUAUCUGACCGAGAUGAGGGAGAGAAUGCAGCUGUCACCUGUGUGGUGGCAGGUGAUGUGCCCUUCCAGCUACGCCAGGCCAGUGAGACGGGAAGUGACAGCAAAAAGAAGUACUUCCUGCAGACCACCACCCCACUCGACUACGAGAAGGUCAAAGACUACACCAUAGAGAUUGUGGCCGUGGACUCUGGCAACCCCCCACUCUCUAGUACCAACUCCCUCAAGGUACAGGUGGUAGAUGUCAAUGACAAUGCACCUGUCUUCACCCAGAGCGUCACUGAGGUUGCCUUCCCAGAAAACAACAAGCCAGGUGAAGUGGUCACCGAAGUCACUGCCAGUGAUGCUGACUCGGGCUCUAAUGCUGAGCUGGUUUACUCUCUGGAGCCUGAGCCAGCCGCCAAGGGCCUCUUCACCAUCUCACCUGAGACUGGAGAGAUCCGGGUGAAGACAUCCCUUGAUCGGGAACAGCGGGACAGUUAUGAGUUAAAGGUGGUGGCAGCCGACCGGGGCAGCCCCAGCCUGCAGGGCACAGCCACCGUCCUCGUCAACGUGCUGGACUGCAAUGACAAUGACCCCAAGUUUAUGCUGAGCGGCUACAACUUCUCAGUGAUGGAGAACAUGCCGGCACUGAGUCCAGUGGGCAUGGUGACCGUCAUUGAUGGGGAUAAGGGGGAGAAUGCCCGGGUACAGCUCACGGUGGAGCAGGACAAUGGUGACUUUGUUAUUCAGAAUGGCACGGGCACGAUUCUCUCCAGCCUGAGCUUUGAUCGGGAACAGCAAAGCACCUAUACAUUCCAGCUGAAGGCGGUGGAUGGCGGUGUCCCACCUCGCUCAGCUUAUGUUGGUGUCACCAUCAACGUGCUGGAUGAGAAUGACAAUGCGCCUUUUAUCACCGCCCCUUCCAACACCUCCCACCGGCUGUUGACCCCCCAGACCCGUCUUGGUGAGACGGUCAGCCAGGUGACAGCUGAGGACAUUGACUCUGGUGUCAAUGCUGAGUUGACCUAUAGCAUUGCUGGUGGCAACCCUUACGGACUCUUCCAGAUCGGGUCACAUUCAGGUGCCAUCACCCUCGAGAAGGAGAUUGAGCGGCGCCACCACGGGCUGCACCGCCUAGUGGUAAAGGUCAGUGACCGUGGCAAGCCCCCACGCUAUGGCACAGCCUUGGUCCACCUUUAUGUCAACGAGACCCUGGCCAACCGCACCCUGCUAGAGACCCUGCUGGGCCACAGCCUGGACACGCCACUGGACAUCGACAUUGCUGGGGAUCCGGAAUACGAGCGCUCCAAGCAGCGUGGCAACAUCCUCUUUGGUGUGGUGGCUGGUGUUGUGGCUGUGGCCUUGCUCAUUGCCCUGGCAGUGCUCGUGCGCUACUGCCGGCAGCGGGAAGCCAAGAGUGGCUACCAGGCCGGUAAGAAGGAGACCAAGGACCUGUAUGCCCCCAAGCCCAGCAGCAAAGCCUCCAAGGGAAACAAAAGCAAGGGCAAGAAGAGCAAGUCCCCAAAGCCUGUGAAGCCAGUGGAAGAUGAGGACGAGGCCGGGCUGCAGAAAUCGCUCAAGUUCAACCUGAUGAGCGACGCCCCUGGGGACAGCCCCCGCAUCCACCUGCCCCUCAACUAUCCACCCGGCAGCCCUGACCUGGGCCGCCACUACCGCUCUAACUCCCCACUGCCUUCCAUCCAGCUGCAGCCCCAGUCACCCUCGGCCUCCAAGAAGCACCAGGUGGUGCAGGACCUGCCACCCGCAAACACAUUCGUGGGCACAGGUGACACCACGUCCACAGGCUCUGAGCAGUACUCCGACUACAGCUACCGCACCAACCCCCCCAAAUACCCCAGCAAGCAGUUACCUCACCGCCGCGUCACAUUCUCCGCCACCAGUCAGGCCCAGGAGCUGCAGGACCCGUCCCAGCACAGUUACUAUGACAGUGGCCUGGAGGAGUCUGAGACGCCGUCCAGCAAGUCAUCCUCGGGACCCCGGCUCGGCCCCCUGGCCCUGCCCGAGGACCACUACGAGCGCACGACGCCUGAUGGCAGCAUAGGAGAGAUGGAGCACCCUGAGAACGACCUGCGCCCUUUGCCUGAUGUUGCCAUGACAGGCACAUGUACCCAGGAGUGCAGCGAGUUUGGCCACUCCGACACGUGCUGGAUGCCUGGCCAGUCGUCUCCCAGCCGCCGGACCAAGAGCAGCGCCCUCAAACUCUCCACCUUCGUGCCUUACCAGGACCGAGGAGGGCAGGAGCCUGUGGGCGCCGGCAGCCCCAGCCCCCCGGAAGACCGGAACACCAAAACGGCCCCCGUGCGCCUCCUGCCCUCCUACAGUGCCUUCUCCCACAGUAGCCAUGAUUCCUGCAAGGACUCGGCCACCUUGGAGGAAAUCCCCCUGACCCAGACCUCGGACUUCCCACCUGCAGCCACACCGGCAUCUGCCCAGACAGCCAAGCGCGAGAUCUACCUGUGA